AUGGCGUGCGCGUUCCGCAGCUUUGCCGCCACGUUUACCUGCGGCGCGCUCUACUGUGGCGACGACCACGCCUGCUGCAUUGUGGAUCGCAACUGCACUGUGGGCACUCGGUACUCGCCUUUGUCGCCGCUGGUCAUCACGGACCCUAUCACUCUGGUGCACACGCUCCCACCGAUCGAUAGCAUAACGUUUCGUGGCAAUGGCCUCCGACAACUGGGCCUCGUCGGCGACCAAGACAAGCUUCAGCGGGCGACUGUUCGCGCCUUGACACUUGUCGACAACCCGACUCUCGGGUCCAUGGUCUAUCUUCCAACGUCCCUCGAAGCACUGUCAGUAACGCUCACAAACGACCCACGACCUCGCCGCAACGACACACUGCCGACUGAGUAUGCGUGGCCACCGACGCUAACGAGCUUGCGUGUGACCGGGACGUUGCUACCGACGGACGCGCCGCUACCACCGAGCCUCGGCAUCUUCGACUGCACCGCGUGUGGCUGGUCAUCAAUUCCCGCCGCCUAUCCGUGGCCGGCAAAUCUCACCGAAAUCCACCUGCGUGCCAACCACCUCGAAGGCUUCUCGACACGCCAGCGAUGGCCCCUGACUCUUCAGAUUCUGGAUGUCUCGCUCAACGAGAUUGCGAGUUUGGACGGCCUUCCCACACAGCUCGCAACACUCAACGUGAGCGGCAACCGCCUCUCAACAAUCACGAUCGGCACUUCGUACUGGGCCACGACCAUGGACUUUUCAAAUAAUGCACGUCUGCAACACCUCACGUGCACAAGCCCGCAGGCAGCGACGGCCUUUACGACGCUGAACGUUGAGGGCUGCCCUCUCGCGCCCCUUCACGUCGAUAGAGACUGCAAGACAAAGCUGCAGACCGGCCUCGUGCUCGGCAGCACGGACGCAGCGACGACGCGCUGCGAGUACAAACUCGUGCCUUACGACGGCGCGCACCUCUCGCGUGGGUUUCAGCUCUGUCUCUUACCUGGCACCUACUCGGAAAGGACGUGGCGAGUCAUCGUGUUUGUCGAGUCCCUCCUUACCGUCGUCUUCGGCACCAUAUUGAUCGUCGCGCGCUGCUACCCGCGGUGUGUCCGGAAGCGGCCACCCCCCACGCCCCCCCCGCUCGUGGUGAACGAGCCAAUGGACGACGACCCCCGCCUCGUGCCGCUGCGCGCGUACCGGGUCGACGCUGCGCACCUGCGCAUCGAUGAGAUGCGUCCGCUGGGGCGCGGCGCCCACGGCCUCGUCGUCUACGGCCAGUACAAGCGCCGGCACAUCGCUGUGAAGCGCGUGCGCGCGGAUAUGGCGUCGCCCGAGAUCCUCCACGCGUUUGUGCAAGAGGUGGCGCUCAAUGCCAUCUUGCACAGCCCGUAUAUCGUCGACUUUGUCGGCGUCUACUGGUCGCCCAAGGUCGGCCUCCCGUCGCUGGCGUGCCUCGUCGAGUACAUGGCGCUCGGGGACUUGCGCGCGUGCUUGCAGACGCCACAGACACCGACGUGGAAGCUUGGCGUGGCACACGACGUUGCCCACGCGCUGUAUUAUUUGCACAAGAAUGGGGUCGUGCACCGGGAUUUGAAGUCGCGAAAUGUGCUCCUUGGCGUCGAGGGCGGCGCCAAGGUCGGCGACAUGGGCGUCGCGCGCCGCGUGUUUGUCGAUGAGAGCGACGACACGCUCACCAAUGCUGUCGGCACGUACCGCUGGACAGCGCCCGAGGUGCUCCGGGGCACGAGCUACGACACCAAAGCCGACAUGUACUCGUUUGGCAUGAUUCUCACCGAGCUCGACUCGUAUGCGCUGCCGUACGAGCACGUCCGCAACGAGCGCGGCCAGCCGCUUGGCAACAUCUCGCUCCUCUUCAAGGUCAUGGAAGGGACGAUUACUCCGACAUUCACACCCACGUGCGCACCGUGGCUGCGCGACCUGGCGACCGCAUGCAGUGCACAUGACCCAAGCGCGCGACCAUCGGCGGCUGAUGUUCUCUUGGUGCUGGCGCGCCUCGCACCGAUCAAGGUCCCGUCCGAGCACCUCCACGGGGUGCAGCGCCUGUAGCGACGUUAGAUGUCGAUCUGUGUUGCUCUUUGACAGAAGUAUAUGGUUCAAUCGGUGUGG